AUGGCCUCAUGCCAUUCCUCUGAUGUCAGCUGUCUUCAUGCCCCGGCGGUAACGUGUCCUGACGCGAUUGACAUCCCGCCGUUCCUGUGUUCAGCUGUUCAAUUUAUUAUUUCCUCACAUGCUUGCGCGCUCUCUCUCUCUCUCUCUCUCUCUCUCUCGCUCUCUCUCUCUCUCUCUCUCUCUCUCUCUCUCUCUUUCUCGUCUGCAAUCUCUCUCUUUCUUGAAUUAUUUACUUUUUCUUUUUUGAUAUUUCCAGAAUUUUAUAUCUUCCUCUCCUCCUUCUCUCUCUCUCUCUCUCUCUCUCUCUCUCAAAUGAUUUCCUUCCAUUUCUUUUGUGAUUCUUCCCCUCUCUAUUUCAAUAGGUUCACCGCCAUUUUCUCCUUUUAUUUCACCCGCUUGUUCUCGAGUUUAUUUACUUCUUUUUUUUUACUUCUCUCAUACAUUUCUGCCCCCUCUCUUUUUUUUUCAUUAUUUAUCAUCUCCCUCCUUUCUUUAUCACUGCUUUCUGUUUUUUUUUCCCUAUUGCUUCUUCAAUUAUUUCUCCCUCUUGUCUUCGACAUUUUCCUCCACCACUUUUAUGAUUACUCCCUUUCUUCCUCUUCCGCUCCUUCUCCCCCCGUUCUGUAUGGUUCUUCUAUUUUCUCUUAUGUUCCCCUCCUCUUUCCAGUGAAUGUCCGUCCCCUCCCUCAAUGUUUUUAUCAUUCUUUCUCUUCUCAUUCUCUCAAAUUCCCCUCCCCACACUUUUUCUCUUUUAAUAAUCCUCCCCCUCUGUAUUUCAAUACGUUUCCUUCUUCUGCUUCUCUGAACGUUUCUGUAUUUCUUCCUCUCUCUCUCUCUCUCUCUCUCUCUCAAAUGAUUUCCCUCCAUUUCUUUUGUGAUUCUUCCCCUCUCUAUUCCAAUAGGUUUACCGCCACUUUCUCGUAUUAUUUCACCCACUUCUUCUCGAGUUUCCCUCCUCUUUCCAGUGAACUUCCAUCCCCUCUCUCUAUACAUUUUUCUAUCUCACUCAUUAGUUCCCUACUCUUUCUUCCUUCACUCCUUUCUCCCUUCCUGCCUUCAUUCUUGUGUCCUUACGCAUCAUUUUAUCUUUUUUACCAUCACUUCAUUUGUUCUUUAUUUCUGGCAUUGUCAGCUUUCUUUUCACUCCAUCCUUCUUUCCUCUUUUUAUUGUCCACUCUACCAACAUCAUCUAACAAAUUUUUCAAUGAUUCUUCUUCUUCUUCUUCUUCUUCUUCUUUUUUCUUUCUUUCUUCUUCUUUUUCUUCUUCUUCUUCUUCUGCCCUCUUUUUGUUCUUAAAUUACUCCAUCUUACUCUCGAUGUUAGCAUCUUGA